AUGAAACCCUCGGGCUCGUCUUCGACUGCAACGCCAAAUAGAGCUCGUUAUUAUGCGGAUGUAAAUGCGAAUCGUCCUCCACAGUAUUGGGACUACGAGAACUUUUCUAUUUCUUGGAGUUCUCCUGAUGGUUAUGAGAUAAUAAGGAAAUUAGGUAGAGGAAAAUAUAGUGAGGUAUUUGAGGGUAUAUGUGUAGCUACUCCCCAGCAACAGCAGCAGCAGCAGCAGCAGCAGCAGCAGCAACAGCAGCAGCAACAACAGCAGCAACAGCAAGAUGCAUCAGCAGCAACAACAACUGCAGCAGGAACUGCAGCAGCAGGUGGAUCUGCAUCAGGAACACAGUCAAGUAAUGCUCCUGCAGGAGGAUCAUCAACUGCUGCUGGUACAGAACAGCAGCAGCAGCAGCAGCAACAGCAGCAGCAGCAGCAGCAGCAGAGAAGGAGUCUAGCAGUAGCAGGACAACGAUGUGUAGUAAAAGUAUUAAAACCUGUAAAAAAAAAGAAAAUAAGAAGAGAAAUAAAAAUACUGCAGAAUUUAUUUGGUGGUCCUAAUAUUAUUAAAUUAUUAGAUGUUGUUAAGGAUCCUCUUAGUCGUACACCUGCACUUAUAUUUGAGUAUGUGAAUAAUGUUGACUUUAAAACCCUUUAUCCAACCCUACAAGACUACGAAAUCCGCUACUACAUCUAUCAGCUACUGCGGGCUUUGGACUACUGCCACAGCCAGGGUAUAAUGCAUCGCGAUGUAAAACCCCACAACGUCAUGAUAGACCACGAGAAGAGGGAGUUGCGUCUUAUUGAUUGGGGUUUAGCGGAGUUCUAUCAUCCUGGUCAUGAAUACAACGUUCGCGUAGCAAGUCGCUACUAUAAGGGACCUGAGCUAUUAGUAGAUCUGCAGGUUUAUGAUUACUCCUUAGAUAUGUGGAGUCUUGGAUGUAUGCUUGCAGGAAUUAUAUUUAAGAAGGAGCCCUUUUUUUAUGGGCAUGAUAACUACGAUCAAUUAGUGAAGAUAGCUCGUGUUCUUGGUAAGUAA